CAACCUCAUAGAAUCACACUAACCUGAAAAAGCUUCUUCUCUAUUCCCACAACCAAUUUAGCAAACACAAUUCCGAGCAGAUCGGAGAUGGAGAAAGACGAUAUCAUCGUGGCGGGAAUGAAGCCGAAGAAGCGUGCAGGACGACGCAUUUUCAAGGAGACACGUCACCCAAUCUACAGAGGAGUGAGGCGUAGGAACGGAGACAAAUGGGUCUGCGAAGUCCGCGAGCCCAUCCACCAGCGCCGAGUCUGGCUCGGAACUUACCCUGCAGCCGAGAUGGCGGCACGUGCUCACGACGUGGCGGUUCUCGCUUUACGCGGGAGAUCCGCGUGUUUGAAUUUCUCCGACUCCGUUUGGCGGUUGCCGGUGCCGGAAUCCACCGAUCCGGACACAAUUCGUCGCACGGCUGCCGAAGCGGCGGAGAUGUUCAGGCCGCCGGAGUUUAGCACCGGGAUCACGGUUUUGCCUUCGUCCGGUGAGUUUGCAGCGUCGGACGGAGAAGGAGUCGCCGGAAUGAUGAUGAGGCUCGCGGAGGAGCCUUUGAUGUCGCCGCCGAGAUCGUACACUGACAAUGAUAUGAAUACGAGUGUGUACGCUGAAGAAGAGAUGUAUUACGAAGAAUUGUCACUUUGGAGUUACUAAAAAAAAAUACAAAAGUAUACGUAUUUUUCGAUACGUAUAUAAUUGGAACGUAAUGUAAUGUAUGUAUGUAUGUAUGUGUGGUAUGAGUAACUUAGGUUUUCCAGGGGUUUAAAGAUCUUCUGUAUGAAGUAGAAGGUUUCUCUCUAGGAUGGAAUAAUUUUGUGCAAAAAGAUUCUUGGAAUCUUUGGUGUUUGUGCUUUUUGGUGAGGCAAGUCUUGUAUUGGGUUUGCUUUGCUUCACGUUGUAUAUUAUGCAAAAUAAAUGGGGCGUAA